GCCGACGUGCAUUUGCCUAACCCAAUGCAAUUAAUGUACACAAACAGGUGUCCAAAUUAGAAUACACUCCGCCUUUCGGCGCAACAGCUCCAUGGAUUCUCAUUCUCCUUCUCAUUCCUCACCUGUGACUAUAAGGCACAGGUCGCGGUUUCAAAUCUCACCAUCACCACACCACAACAAUAAUAACAAGAACAGCAUCAAUACUAAUACUAAAUCUUCGUCAGGCCGAUUUGAAUUCGGUGCGGCCGGCAGAGGGACACUCACUGCCGAUCAACCAACAGGGGCUGGUACAAAUAACUUUUCCCUUUAUACUUCUUCCAUAUCGUCUUUAAAUACAAGUAAAUCGGCUGUGCCCUCGAGCCCUCCUCUGUCCUUUGAUGCCUUGAUGUUUGAAGCCAUGGACAAAAACAGCGGUAAUAAUAACGCCAGUGGUAGUAGUAGUAGAAGUAGUAAAGUUUCCAAGGUUAGGCAGGGUAAGAGUGGAAGGAGAUCGUCCGGGAGAGUCUUACCUAAGGAGGUUGUCCAUAGCGAUCUAUUUCAGUCGGCGGAUCAACCUGCCAAUUUUGAUCAAUUUCUCUUCGAUCGCUCGAAAUCUUCUAUGUACAAACACACUUACCAAAAAGUUAAUGAUAAUGUGGUCUUCGAUCGGUUCUCUAAAUUGGAGCCUUUUCGGGCGAAGAUUGAUAGAGCUGACAGCUUUGUAAGCAUUAGCAGGCAUAGCGAUGACGACGAUAGAGAGUUUUCGUUAAAUGAGGGUCAUGGUGUGAGACCUGAGACGAAAGUUUUUGAUAGUGCGGGGAGUGGAAUUGGUGGCAUUGGGUCCAAGAGUUGUAAUGGUCGAUUGAAUGCUGCUGGAGAUGCAGUAGAGGUAGGAGAUUUGGGUUCUUUUAAGCACAAGGCAUCAGUGUUUGGUGCACAGGAAGCGAAACUUACUGUUGGUGCAGAGAACCCUGGGAAAUCUCAGAGUGGCAGGGUUUAUGGAGAAUCUGAGGCACUCGAUGGUGAUUGGAGAGCUGCUAGAAGGCCUGCUUUCGAGCAUCGGACCGUGGCAUCUGGGAGUAGUUUGAAUCCGGUAAAUAACAUACAGGUUCCCUUAAUGUCCAGUUCUAGUUUAAGAGUGAGGUCUGAUUCCAAGGCUGUUGAAAAGGAAAGUUUGAUGAGGGAUUCUUUAGUUGGACAGUCUGAAUCCUUUGGUUCCAUCCGUUCAGCCACAUCCUUUACGAGACCUGGGGUGUCUUUUAAGGAUGUUAACAAACAGACUGCAACUGAAGGACAACCUAGCAGAGGAGGAACUAUUUCAGCACCAUCACCUCGAAGCUCCUCCAUAAUUGGGGAUUCGCCAUUGCAAAAAAGUGAGUCCUUGCAUUCCUCGGAGAAUUUGUCUUCUACUUUAAAUCAUGCAUUUCAGUUUGGAGCGAAAAAGGGAGCAUCUAAGGCUCAGCAUGGGACGAGAAAAAUGGAGGAUACCAAUGUGUCUUAUUCUAGUAGUGUUUCAGUGGAAUAUCAAUCUGAUUAUCAUGGGGGGGGGUUGAAGGAAAAUACUCCAUUUAAAUGUGACAACACAACAUACUCAGAACGUUCUUCUAUGCACCGUGCUAGUCCUUUUCACUCUGGAGAAACAAAUCAGCACAACUUGCACCAGUCUGAUAGAGGAACAAAUGCCAAAGAGGCAAUGUCUACAAAUGCGAACUUGCAGACUGAUAUAGAUGAACAAACAAAUGCUGCAAAUAUUUGCAACCAAGAGUCACCCACUUUAGAAGGACAUCAGUUCCAGUUUGGCAGAAAAGGAGGGAGAGAAUACACUGAUCCCGCUAUAAGUUCCAAAUGGAUAUCUCCGUCCUUUAAUCAACAAGUGUCUGUUUCAAGCUUCUCAAAUGGUGGUUUAAACCAUCAAUUUGAGAAGGUUAGAACUGACAAGUGUGAGAGCCGCAGUGAUAAUGCCCCUGCCAUAGUUGGUGCGAGCAUCCAGAGAAGGCGCUCUGCCUCUAAGCCAUUGUCUGGGCAAAGUUUUUCGGCAUCUGGACAUGCGAGAAAAUGUCAUCGGUCUUCAGUUGAAGUAAAUACAAAAUCGAGAACUUCCGUUGAGAAAUUUGAGUCAUCUGCUUUUGCUUUGCGACCUCUGGUUUUUCAAACAGAUGCAAUACAAAGUUAUGCAUCAAGUUUAAAAGGCGAUUUGUUUGAUUCAAAUCAAUUAUCCGAUGAAGGAAAAAACACACUCGGAUCUUGUGAAAGACAUACAACUGUAGCUCCAGAGUCAAGGUUAGCCGAUCAGAGUGCAAAAAGUGAUCUACCAGCUAUUCCCAUGGCUGUUAAGAAUUCAGCAUUAGAGCAGGCAUGUGAAAGUUGGCGGCACAGGGGAAAUCAAGCAUACACUGAAGGGCUUUUUUCUAAAGCUGAGGAAUAUUAUUCUCGUGGGAUAAGCUGUGUCUCUCCAAACGAAUCAUCUGAGGGUUGUGUCAAAGCAUUAUUGCUAUGCUAUAGCAACCGUGCAGCCACUCGGAUGGCUAUUAGCAGAGUCAGAGCAGCACUGUUUGAUUGCAUGCAAGCCCUGAAACUUGAUCCUAACUUUGUAAAAGCUCGAAUUAGAGCUGCAAGUUGCUAUCUUGCACUUGGGGAAUAUGAGCUUGCAUUAACAUUUUUCAAUGAUUGCUUAAAAUCUGUGAGUGAGUUAGAGACGAUGGAAUCAAAGUUAGCAUCUGAAGCUUCAGAAGGCAUAAGAAAGACCCAACAAGUGGAAGAGAAGAUGGUUCAAGCAGUAAAGCUACUGACUAAAAAAAAAUUAGAAGAUGCAUCAAAUUCAUUGAGUCUGGUAAAUGAGCUUCUUUUAACCAGCCCACAUUCUGAGAAGUUGCUUGAAUUGAAGACCCGGGCUCUUUUAUCAUUGUGCAAGUAUGAGGAUGUAAUACAAUUAUGUGAAGAAGGCUGGACUUCUUUCAACCAGAAUCAUUACUGUGGCAAAAGUGACAUUGAAGACCAAAUGAACAAUGUAGAAGCCUGGGGAGGGAAGUGUAAUUGUCCCAUAAAAUUACAGUUGUUGCAAAUGAAUGGAAAGGCACAAUUCUAUUUAGGUCGACUCGAUGAAGCACUUACUUCACUUUCAAAGUAUGAGGAAGCGAAUAUUACAGUUGUUAGAUCUUCCGGACAAAGAAUGGAAACAUUAGCACCAUUGAUAGCUACAAUCCGUGAUCUCUUACACCAUAAGGCUGCAGGGAAUGAAGCAUUCCAAGCAAAUAAAUUUGCUGAAGCAGAGAAGCAUUAUACUGCUGCUUUGUCUUGCAAUACUGAAUCAAGGCCUUUUACUGCAGUAUGCUUUUGCAAUCGAGCUGCUGCCUCUCAUGCACAAGGCCACAUUGCAGAUGCUAUUGCAGACUGUAGUAGAGCCAUGGCUCUUGAUUCAAAGUAUCUUAAGGCAAUUUCUAGGAGAUCCAUUUUGCAUAACAUGAUACGUAACUAUGGACAGGCAAUUAGUGAUCUUGAGAGGCUUAUAACACUUCAAGAGAUUGAGCAACGAAAUGUCACAGGAGGUUCAUUGAGACGGACACAAAGUUCAUGCAGUAAUGCUCAAGAUCUGAAAGAUGCUCGGGAACGCCUAAGCAAAGCACAAGAGGAUAUGAAAAAGGGGAUUCCCUUAGAUCAUUACUUAAUCUUAGGAGUUGAUCCUUCAAGUACUGCUGCUGAGAUUAAGAAGGCUUACCGGAAGGCUGCUCUUAAACAUCAUCCAGACAAGGCUGUGCAGUUCUUAGUGCGGAGUGAUGCUGGAGAGGAUGAGAUCUUGAAAGAAUGUGGGGAUGAGGUCCGCAGGGAUGCAGAAAAGCUCUUUCAAAUGAUUGCUGAAGCAUAUGCAAUUCUUUCAGAUCCUGGCAAGCGCCUCCGUUAUGAUGCUGAAGAAGAGUUAUGGAAACUGCAAAUGACAAGGAGUACUAGCAUGACUGAACCUGAGUCACAAUCUAAUAGUUAUCAGUUUGAAAAAACCAGUAGACAACAUCGGGAGGGAUGGGAUGCAUGGAAAGACUACGAAAAUCAGUACCAUCACUGGCAAUCCCAUCCAGAAGGUUUUCGGACUGAUAAUUGUGCCCAUCAAGGCCCAAAGAAUGAUGGAGUUCGGUGGAAUGAUCAUAAGUGGAGUUACAUCUGAAGGCCAUUUUCUAACAACCAUUUAUUACUGCAUAUAUUCCAUUGUGUGUUUUUUGUGCUGCUUUUCAGAAUGGCAUUGGUGUGUUAUGAAGGAGGCAUCCCAGGGCUUCUUUUCGCAUAUGUGAAGUUAAAUGUAUGACCUGUCAACGGAGAUUCAGAGCUUUGUCAUCUCAUUCUCAAAGGAGACGCAGAUUUUAGAUUUUUGUGUGAUAUCCUGUACAGCGCAGCUAAUAAAGCAUUUUGAGUUUGUAAAAUUCGUCAAUUUUUAUGAAAGAAAAAUAAGUUUAGGGAUGAGAUUUUGUUGUUACAAGAAGAAACAUUACAUUUUGUGUCAUAUAUUGGGUUGGUUGUUUAUAUAUUUGUAAUGAAAUUUAGAAUAACAAAAAGAAUAUACCAUGGAUUAAGGUCUUUGAGACCUAUUGUAUUUUGAGUGUAAAAUUCUUCAAUAUUGAUGAAAGAAAAAUAAAUUAGGGUUGA